GCUACAGGGCCUUCUGGGCGUCGGGGAAGCCGGGUACCGGAGUGAGUGAGCAUGGGGACUCCUGCGGGCUCCGGGACCCGUUCCACGGGCGCUGGAACUGUUGAAGGCGUGGGGAUCCCUCCGGGUCUGCAGACUGACUACGAGACGCUGCUCAGCCGCUUCCAAGAGAUGGACAGCGUGCGCUUCGAAGACUUCACGGAGCUCUGGCGCAGCAUGAAGUUCGCGACUAUCUUCUGUGGCAAAAUGAGGAAUUUAAAAAAGAACAUGUUUACAAAGGAAGCUUUAGCUUUGGCGUGGCGCUACUUUUUGCCUCCCCACACAUUCCAGAUCAGAGUUGGCGCUUUGUAUCUUCUAUACGGGUUGUACAACACACAGCUGUGCCAGCCGAAACAAAAGAUCCGAGUUGCCUUGAAGGACUGGGAUGAAGUUAUUAGGUUUCAGCAAGACUUGAUGAAUGCACAGCAUUUCGACGCAGCUUUUGUUUUCAGGAAGCUUCGGCUGGACAGAGCCUUCCACUUCACAGCGAUGCCCAAGCUGCUUUCAUGUAGAAUGAAGAAAAAAGUUCAACAAACUGAAGUGACACAGAAAUUUAAGGACCCGAAUGAUCGUGUAAUGAAACUUAUCACUUCUGAGGUAUUAGAGGAAAUGCUGAAUGUUCACGAUCAUUAUCAAAAUAUGAAGCAUGCUAUUUCAGCAGACAAGGCCAUGCCAGACAGAGCUCUCAGUCUGGUAAAGGAGGACUUUUUUGAGAACAUUAAGAACAUAGUUUUGGAGCAUCAGGAGUGGCACAAAGAACGGAAGAAUCCCUCCUUAAAACCCAAACUUAAAGAUGGAGAAGAGAAUAGUGAAUGCCCUUCAGAGGAGCCAGAGAGAUGUGACAGAGCUGUGUCUUUAGCGAAGAUAAAAGCGAAAGCCUUCUCAGCUGCUGUCCCGGUGUCCAAGUCCAGGAGGCAUCGCCAGUCCAAGCUUGACUCUUCUGACUCUGACUCUGGGUCUGGACAAGUGCAAGGCAGAGCAGCAAAGAGAAAGAGGACCAGAGAGCCAGCAGGACCAGCAGGAAGGAAGAGAUCGUCCAGAAGCAAAGGUAACGCUCCAAAUGACCGUAAAGAAGAGAAGUCUUUACACCUGAGUAUGCCUAUUAUUACAGAGGAGGAGGAGGCGGACAUGGAUGGCUUCAGAAAAGCAGAGUUCACUGCGCCCAAGAGGAAGAGAAAAUGCUGAACCAGGAGGCUGGUGGAGUUUUAAAUUUUGAGCUUUCCAACAGAAGAAAUGGUGUCAUGUUGUGCUCUAAGCAGGAAGUAGCCAGUGAAGACUGAAUCUGAGAACAAGAUCAUUUCUGUGAAAUGGAAGAGCAUGCCAUAGGCCAAGAGUUGAGUAAAGGUUUACUCUGAAGAUUAAUUUUAACAUUUUUGUUAAUAUUGCAAUUUUAACAAAUUACAUUGUAGUUUGUUACAGAGUAAAUUGUAAAUGUGUUAAACUUGUUAGAGGUCUGUAUGAGUGGAGAUAGAGUUUCUAUUGCCUUUAGAAUGUAAUAGAAAGAAUUGCAUAUUUGUGAGUUAGUUCUCUUUCCUGAAAGUUUUUGUGCUAUACUUAAUGCAGUGCUGUAAUGUUUACGACUCUUUUUUGAAAACAUUGCUUUAAAAUACUGUUUAUAUAUAAAUGAUUCAUACCUGUCACCUAGCAAUGGAUUUGGCUGGGGUUUUUGUUGAAUAUUUUGUGUGUUAUGGUUAAGUGCAAUAAAAAUUUUGCCCCCUUGUUUUAUCUUCUAGUGUGAGAAAUUUUCAUGGCCAAUAACUUGACUGAUAACUUAGUAAGUUACCGCUGCUUUUGUGCUUAAUGAUGUAUGCCUUACUUCCUCAUUGAUUUAGACAGGGUCUGCCUGUGUAUGCUAGGCUAGCCUUGAACUCUCCAUGCGAGUACUGCCUUGCUCGGCCUCCCCACUGCUGGGAUUAUAGAUAAUGCACCGCCGGGCCUCACUUCUUACCCUCUGUAGUAUUUGCUUUAAAGUUCCCAUUGGUCUACUGUAUAUGAAUGCAUAGGUACCUGUGUGUGUGUCCUUGUGUACACAUAAGAUUAAUUAAUACACUGUUUAAUGCUUAUGUACUGUCUAAUAGGCCCAUAGGAGCAGUCGUGUAGAUUCUGAAACCUGGCUUUGACACAGAACUUUUGUAAAUCACAGGAAAGAUGUCUAUAGUCACGUGUGUGCUGCUGUUUUAAUUUCUCACCCCUGGAGUUUAAGUGGAGAUGGCUUUAGCUGUGCUUGAAUGCUGCCAGCACAUGGCCUCUGUGUUGUGAGGCUAAUGCAGCCUGACGUAUAGUUAAUUAUUAGGGCUCAAAGGCUGGUUUGAAGAGGUAAUUUCCAAGUCUGAUAUGACUGAAAAAAUAUAUAUCUUAGGUAUGUAAUAUGUUAAGACCAAACUACUGACGUUAGAUUGGAUAAUUCUUGACAUCGUUAUCCUGUUAGCUACUAAAAAGCAGUUGUUUCCUGUGUCUGACUUCAGCUCUGUCCGAUAAUGGGCCGGACAUUACAGUGUGAACAUGGGCCGGAGCUGCUGGGCUGCAACACCAGAGCUUUGUUAGUAAUGUAUAGCUGAGUGGGUUAGCAUUGUACAGCUGAAACGCUGUGUACCUGAGUCGUAAUCUAUUUUUCACAAAGCGCUUAUAAAAGGCCAGGGUGUCACUUCACAGGCAAAGGGAUGGUGAGUAGCAAAGGCAUUAUUGGUGGCAGUGUUGUCAUAGUAACCGAAAGUUUGUGUUUGCCCAGCCCCCUGAGUUGAUCAGGCUAACCUGUGGUUCACUCAACAGCUGAAGGGAGCCCUCAUUACCUUGCGUCAAUUUUAAUUAGGUAUAAUAAAUACCGUCUUCUCAGACUACCUUGGGUAUAGUGAAAGAUUGGUACCUCUGUCUAUUUAUCUGUCUACUUACAUGCCUACCUAUGUCUUGAGAAAAUACCUUAAAAACAAACUUUUUGCACUGAAAGUUACUUUUAUUUUUCUCAGGUUAGCUUUGGAAAAUAACUGUAGUUACUAAUGCCUUCCUUACCCUUCAUUCUUGAAUUAAAUUACAGUUUGAAGAAGGCUUACUUUUUAAAUGGCUUGGAAAGAGCUCCGUGGGUGUUAAAACUAUUCACAUUUUCAUUUAUCUUUUGAGCGACUAUGUAGUAAUUUUCAUUGCACAUUUUUCUUAUUCUUUGUGUUAAUAUAAAUGUCAAAGCCCAGACUUGAGGUUGUAUAAUCCCUUUUAUGUGAUAUUUUUAAAUGUCUGAAUUAUUCAUUCUACUGUGCUGUGUAUUACAGGUCUGAAUAUUUAAGAGACAUUCAAACAGGCUCCUUUCAGUUGCAAGAAACAAAAGCAUACUCCCACUGUCGUAAAUGCUGGGAGCUUACUGGAAGAUUAUGGAUAAAUAAGUAAGGCACUCAUCAAAGACAGCUUCCUCAAGGAUUUGGGAAUUAGCUAUAGGCCUCUCUUACACCAAUUGAUGCUCUUAGCUAGGGUGGAGAUCCAAAUCAGUUGUGUCCCAUGUACCAGACAGAGGGCAUGGCAGAUGACAGAGAAGGACCCAUCUGGCAGCUUUCCUCAGCAAAGGUGAAAGGACAGGCCUUUACAGUCUCACGGGUUUGUCAGUGCAGUCGUGGUUUGAUAAAAUGCAAUGUCAGCCUUGCACCUUCAGGAUGUAGUUAAAGGGACAUGCUGUUCCCUUGACAGGUAAGUCACUGGACAGUGGUGAAGGACCUCAGCUCUGGGGCAGGCUGGGUUUGCUCUGGCCUUUAAUAAUUUAUGCCAUCUGUAAAAAUUUGGGGCUGGAUAUACUGUAACACAUUAAUAGACUGGCAAAGGCUUCACCAGUGAAUGUUUUACACCCAGUCCUUUGUUAUAGUUGGCAAGUUGCCCAUGCUGGACUUGGGAUUUACUGUGUAGUCCAGGCAGGUCUUGAACCUUCUAUCCUCCUGUCUCACUAUCCCAAGUAGGUGGGACUAUAGACUGCCGCCACCUAGCCUAACUAUUCUGUUUUCAACAGUCCUGUGUUUACUCCCGUAAAUCGUACCCACUGCUCUUUAUUCCUUCGUGAAAGCCAUCGGGAAUAGAUCUCGGAUGGUUCAUUUUCAGUUUGAAGAAAUUAAUACUGAUAUAUAUAUAUAUCUCAGCAUGGAUUUUGUUUGUCUGAAAAAUAUCUUCAUUUCUGGAUGAAAUUGUUUUUGCAAGAUGUAGAAUUCUAGUUAUUUCAGCUCUUUCCCCCUUUCUGUCAACACUUGCAAGACUUUUUUCACUCCAUCAUCAAUAGCCUGCUUUGUCACUGGCAGGAAAUUAGAAUUUGUUCCUCCAGUCCCUCGUGUAACUCAAUCUUUUUCCUUUGUGUUAUAUUUUUGUCUGUCUGUCUGUCUGUCUAUUUGAUGGUGGGACCCAUGGCCUUCAUAUACUAACCACAUGCUCUACCAGAAGUUCCUCCAGGCCCUCCCUGGCUGCCCGCAGGCUUUGUUGUUAUUCAGUCUGAUACAGGUCUGGUGUGGUUGGCUUUUCUAACCCAUGAUGCAUUCUGCACUCUCCUCACUUGCUUCUCUCUCUGGGACUUGAGCUGUGUUUGCUAAUUACUUUGUACUGUCUCUUGGGUCGUGUUUUGUUUUCUCCAAUAAUACUUCUUCCACUGCCUCAGAGUGCGUUUUGAUUCCAAGUUCACCAUCUUUCCUUCUCUUGAUUUUCUCCCAUGACUUUUCAUCUGGAAGCACCGAUUCUUGGUUCUGAUUUCUCCUUGUCCUUUUCAUGGGUUUCCAUCUUCAUUGAAAUGGCUCCUUUGUCACCUUCUCUAACCAUUUGACUUUAUGUAGUUGAUGGGGUAGGGGUUGAGACAGGGUCCCUCUGUCUGUCUGUCAGUCUACAAAAAUGCUGUUCUGGAACUUGCUGCAUAGACCAGGCUAUCCUGAAACAGAGAUUCACCUGUGUCCAGCUCUGGGUUUAAAGGUGUGUGCCAUCACACUCCAUUGUCACUUUUUUAAAGUAUGGCACUUUUACCCGAACACAAAGUAUUUGUUACAUGAAUAUAUCCUAGCAGAAUUUGAACUUUGUACUCAGGAGCCCUGUGAGUCUGAAGCUGCCGAAAGCUCUGCUUGGUACUUUGUGAUGUCAGCCACGUGUUAGCCCUCGACUCACUGUGUGAUGCCAGAGAGAUGAGGGGAAUUUAUACUCAGGUUUGGGGUGCUGUUGCUGGUGGCUCUUUUCAGAGAUUUCCAACCCAGCUGAUAACCAGAGAAAGAAGACUAGUUCAUAAGACGACAUAAACCCUUUCUUCCAGGUUGCUUUUGAUCAUGAUCAUUAUCGCAGUGGUAGAAGCAAACUGGAAAGCCUUGUUACCAGAGAAUUAGAGUAUCACGUUGGCUUCAACCUUUGAACUGGAGUUGUUUAUGUAAAUGUAAUUUUAAGUGGUGUGACUUUGCUAGAGCUUCAGAAGCUGCUGCCCUUUGUUGAAGGUUUUAGGUGGCUGGUUUGUCUUGGUCUCCUGUAGUGCGGUUGGUGCAUUGCAUCGCUUGGUAGCAUUGUUAGGCUGGCAAGGGCUUCACCAAACCGUAAGGCAUAGUUAACUGAACUUACUGUCUGUAAACUUCAACUGUUUCCUCCCACUAACAGUGCAAGAAGAUACUUUGUGUAUUGUAUUAAAAAAUGAAAUACCCCGUCUUUUAAAAAACACCGUAUAUCUAGAAAAUCAUCUUGUUUGCAAUUUGAUAGGAACCAAUCAAAAGAUUUAAUUUGUCUUCAGUGUGUUACAAAACCUUUCAUUACCAGCGAAGUGAUCUAUAUGUAUGUGCUAUCAGUGAAUAACUCUUAUUAUUUUUUUCCAUGUGCUUUCUUAGAUUUACAAAUAUGAUUUAUUCCCACGACUGCAGUCUACAGCGCUAGAACAAAUGUCUCUGUAAUGUUUCUGGGUCUGUGUAAUUAGGAUUUAAUUGCUUUGGAGAGGAAGUGGGAGUGUAGACUGUCUCCUUGGGGCUGUAUUACAGAAUUUCAUUUUGUUUUAUUCUUUGGUGGAUUUAUUCUUUUUUUUUCCCUGAUAUUAACAUUAAUAAAGUGAGCAGAGGAUUCUAACCAAUUGUGCUGUCUGGAUGGCCACAGGAAAUGAGACAGGGCAGGUGUGGGCUUCCUGUAAGACCUUGUUGAGCCCAGAACUUGUGGCACCAGAGGGAGGGACUAGGUCCAGCAGGGUCAUAGUUCUAGCCACUUAGUUUUUAAUUUAUAUUUUAUGUAUUUUAUAUGUUAAUGUAAAAUAUAAUAUAAAAUUAAAAUUAAAAAUUUAUAUUUAAAAUUUUGUUUUUAUUUUUGAGAGCAUUAUUAAUGAGGUAUCUUUGAUAGUGUUCUGUGAUCAUCUUCUAUAUUUCAUUAAAAGAUUCAAGCAGAG